AUGGGUGUGGGGCUGCCCACGGAGCAUGGUCAGUGUACCAGGGACCACAUUCCUAAAGAAAACUCUUCCAUAGCAGCUGUUAGUAGUAGCUCCUCAGUUAGUGGUUACCUGGAUGAUUGUACCUGUGAUGUUGAGACCAUCGAUAAAUUUAAUAACUACAGACUUUUCCCAAGACUACAAAAACUUCUUGAAAGUGACUACUUUAGAUAUUACAAGGUAAACCUGAAGAAGCCAUGUCCUUUCUGGAGUGACAUCAACCAGUGUGGAAGAAGAGACUGUGCUGUCAAACCCUGCCAUUCUGAUGAAGUUCCUGAUGGAAUUAAGUCUGCAAGCUACAAGUAUUCUGAAGAAGCUAACCUCAUUGAAGAAUGUGAACAAGCUGAACGGCUUGGAGCGGUGGACGAAUCUCUAAGUGAGGAAACCCAGAAGGCUGUUCUUCAAUGGACCAAGCAUGACGAUUCUUCAGACAGCUUCUGUGAAGUUGAUGACAUACAGUCUCCUGACGCUGAGUAUGUGGAUUUACUCCUUAACCCUGAGCGCUACACAGGCUACAAGGGGCCGGAUGCUUGGAGGAUAUGGAGUGUCAUAUAUGAAGAAAACUGUUUUAAGCCACAGACAAUUCAAAGGCCUUUAAAUCCUUUGGCUUCUGGUCAAGGAAAAAGUAAAGAGAAUACUUUUUACAGCUGGCUAGAAGGCCUCUGUGUAGAAAAGAGAGCAUUCUACAGGCUUAUAUCUGGUCUACAUGCAAGCAUUAAUGUACAUUUGAGUGCACGGUAUCUUUUACAAGAUACUUGGCUGGAAAAGAAGUGGGGCCACAAUGUCACAGAGUUUCAGCAACGCUUUGAUGGGAUUUUGACUGAAGGAGAAGGUCCGAGGAGGCUGAAGAACUUGUACUUUCUCUACUUGAUAGAGUUAAGGGCUCUAUCUAAAGUGCUUCCGUUUUUUGAGCGCCCAGAUUUUCAGCUCUUCACAGGAAAUAAAGUUCAGGAUGCAGAAAACAAAGUGUUACUUCUGGAGAUCCUUCAUGAAAUCAAGUCAUUUCCUUUGCAUUUUGAUGAGAAUUCUUUUUUUGCUGGGGAUAAAAAUGAAGCACAUAAACUAAAGGAGGACUUCCGACUGCAUUUUAGAAAUAUUUCGAGAAUCAUGGAUUGUGUUGGUUGUUUUAAGUGUCGACUGUGGGGAAAGCUCCAGACUCAGGGUUUGGGCACUGCUCUGAAGAUCUUGUUUUCCGAGAAACUGAUAGCAAAUAUGCCAGAAAGUGGACCAAGUUAUGAAUUCCAGCUAACCCGACAGGAAAUAGUAUCACUGUUUAAUGCAUUUGGAAGGAUUUCUACAAGUGUGAGAGAAUUAGAGAACUUCAGGCACUUGUUACAGGAUGUUCACUGAGGAGGACAGGUUGAAAUGUGCCUGUUUCUGGAUGGGGGAGGCCAAAUAGGAAUCUCUCCUUACAGCAUGACUGCAAAGGCCAAACGUUUCUAUAAAGCUGCUUUUGUAAAAGGAGAAAUACAUUGUUUUAAGUAAACGACAUUUUUAAAAAUUGUGUUCAUGUUUAGUAUUAUUGUAAAUAAAAGUAUUUUGAUAAUGUACAAAUUUUAAUACACCAAAUCCCAUAUGAUAAAGCUAGGUGAAUUAUGUCUUAAGCUUCUGAAACUAGAGUUGUAUUUAAGAUGAUAUGAUAAAAAUAAAUCUAAGGUAACUGUGGCAAGUGUUUUAUAGUAAAAUUCUAAGAGGCUCAUCAAUAAACCCAUGGCCAACAGCCUAAAAACACCAAUGCAUUUUCAUUAGCCUUGCUUGCAAAAGGAAAUACAGAACUCCCACUUAGAUUUGAAUUUUAGAUAAGCAACUAGCUUUCUUUUAAGUGUAAUUUGUAUGCAGUAUUAGGGCUCUAUUUAUACUAAAAGUAAUUAACUUGUUUUAAGUUCAGGUUUAACUGGGAGGACUGUGUUUUCCUGGCUACCUUAAUAUACACUGGUAUGCAACAUUCCUUUUAGAGUUAUAUAGCUAUUUUAAUUGUGCUGUUUUGGUUUGUAGGGAAGUAGAAUAACUCAAAGGCACAGGAGAUUUCUAAACAUUGUAGAAAGAUAAUAGAUUAUAUAUUUAUUCUCGUAAUGCUUCCCCUAAUAGUAAAAUUUUGGGGGAAAUUUUAUUUUUAUAUAAUUUCAGAUUUACAGAAAAGUUUCAAAACUAGUAUAAAAAAUCUGUUUUAUUCAAAUUCAUUGAUUGUUCACCUGUGUUGUAAUGUCUUACCCUAUCCCACACUGGGGAUUGAGCCCAGGACCUCAGGCAUAGUAGGCUAGCCCUCCACCCCUGAGCCUCAGGCCUCGCUUUACCUUCUAUGUAGACGUGGAUAUCCUGUUUUUAUUUAUUGUUUGAAAAGUAGUCAUGGGCAUCAUGCUUUAACCCAAAAUACUUAAAUGUGAUGCUUGGGAAUUUCCUAAAAAUUAUUAUUUUUUUUAAAAGGGAAAAACAAAACCUUACAAAUCUGAGCUAAACUACUAUAGGCCUUAAAAUAAGGAAACAUCUCACGCCCUAGUCACCUAAAGUUUGAGUUUUGUUCCCUUUUUUGACCUGUGUAAUCAUAGGGUAUACAAUUCAUGUUUUUUACAUGAAACUGAUUUCUUUUGCCUACAUUAAAUGGAAGUGUAACUUAGAUGGGCUUUCAGUAGUUAAAGUUUUUUACUGAGAACAAUAUUUGAAGUGACUUAAGAAUUUACAUCACAGGGCUGGAGAGAUGGCUCAGAGGUUAAGAGUGCUGUCUGUUCUUUCAGAGGUCUUGGGUUCAAUUCCCAGCAACCACAUAGUGGCUCACAACCAUCUGUAAUGAGAUUUGGUGCCCUCUUCUGGUGUGUAGGCACGAAUGCCAGAAUACUGUAUACAUAACAAAUAAAUCUUUAAAAAAAAAAAAUUUACAUCACAUGGCAAUUAUAGAUUCUGUAUACCUCAAAAUUAUGCCCC